GGUGGCCGGCGGCGGCGGCGGGAGCGCGGGGCAGGAGGAGGCGGGGAAGAUGGACCCGGCGCCCUCGCUGGGCUGCAGCCUCAAGGAUGUGAAGUGGAGCUCGGUGGCCGUUCCGCUCGACCUGCUGGUCAGCACUUACAGGCUGCCCCAGAUCGCGCGGCUGGACAGCGGAGAAUGCAUAGAAGGGCUGCGGGAAAACGAAUACCUUCUGAUUCACUCAUGCCGUCAGUGGACCACCAUCACUGCCCACAGCCUGGAGGAGGGACACUACGUCAUUGGGCCAAAGAUAGAGAUUCCAGUACAUUAUGCAGGGCAAUUCAAGCUGCUGGAACAAGACCGAGAUAUAAAGGAGCCAGUGCAAUAUUUCAACAGUGUGGAGGAGGUGGCCAAAGCAUUUCCUGAGCGCGUGUACGUCAUGGAGGAAAUAACAUUCAACGUGAAGGUUGCUUCAGGUGAAUGCAAUGAGGACACCGAAGUUUAUAACAUCACCCUCUGUACUGGGGAUGAACUCACUCUCAUGGGGCAGGCAGAAAUCCUGUACGCAAAGACUUUCAAGGAAAAGUCACGACUCAACACAAUCUUCAAAAAGAUCGGGAAGCUCAAUUCCAUCAGCAAGCUGGGAAAAGGCAAAAUGCCAUGCCUGAUCUGCAUGAAUCACCGGACCAAUGAAAGCAUUAGCCUGCCAUUCCAGUGCAAGGGCAGAUUUAGCACCCGGAGUCCCCUGGAACUUCAGAUGCAGGAGGGCGAACACACCAUCCGCAACAUUGUGGAGAAAACCAGGCUCCCCGUGAACGUGACUGUGCCCAGCCCUCCACCCAGGAACCCGUACGACCUCCACUUCAUCCGCGAGGGGCAUCGCUACAAGUUUGUGAACAUCCAGACCAAGACAGUGGUGGUUUGCUGUGUGCUGCGGAACAACAAGAUCCUCCCCAUGCACUUCCCUUUGCACUUGACGGUCCCCAAGUUUAGCCUCCCAGAACACUUGGUAAAGGGAGACGUGUGGCCCGAGACCCUGGUCCAUCACUGGCUGGGUAUCUGCCAAGAACAGUUCGACAUCGACGAGUAUUCCCGGGCGGUCCGAGAUGUGAAAACUGACUGGAAUGAGGACUGCAAGAGCCCCAAGAAGGGCAGGUGCUCUGGCCACAACCACGUGCCCAAUUCUCUUAGCUAUGCCCGCGAUGAGCUCACCCAGUCCUUCCACCGGCUCUCCGUCUGUGUGUAUGGCAACAAUCUCCAUGGCAACAGUGAGGUGAACCUCCAUGGCUGCAGGGACCUGGGGGGCGAGUGGGCCCCCUUUCCUCAUGACAUCCUGCCCUAUCAGGACCUGGGUGACAGUGGGAGCGACUACCUUUUCCCAGAAGCCGGUGAAGAAUCGGCAGGCAUCCCGGGGAAGUCAGAGCUUCCUUAUGAAGAGCUCUGGCUGGAGGACGGCAAGCCCAGCCAUCAGCCUCUCACGCGUUCCCUGAGCGAGAAGAGCCGAUGCGAUCAGUCUAGAGGGUCCGUCCGGUCCAAAUGUGCGACUUCUCCUCUUCCUGUGCCCGGAACUCUGGGAGUAGCCAUGAAGUCUUCAGAGAUUGCCCUACCUCCACCUCCAGUGCCUCCCAAAUCUGAAGCCGUCAGGGAAGAGUGCCGGCUCCUGAACGCCCCUCCUGUUCCACCCCGAAGCGCAAAGCCUUUGUCCACAAGCCCCUCGGUCCCUCCUCGUACGGCCAAGCCAGCGCGGCAGCAGACUCGCUCUCCCAGCCCCACCCUGUCCUACUAUUCGUCAGGGCUGCACGACAUCGUUCCUAAAAGCGACACAAGUCCUUCCGAAAGUGCACCUGUGUCCUGCUAUCCCUGCAACCGCAUGAAAACUGAUUCUGUGGACCUCAAGUCCCCAAUGGGAAGUCCCUCUGCUGACACGCUCUCCUCCAGGCUCUCAUGGCCCAACCAUUAUUCGGGAGCGUCGGAGAGCCAGACCAGGAGUGACUUCCUGCUGGGUCCCAGCAGGAGCUACAGUUACCCCAGACAGAAGAUGCCAGGCACACCAAAGAGAAACUGCCCAGCACCCUUUGAUUUGGACGGCCACGAGCUCUCGGCCAGUCCCCCUGGCUCCGUCACUUCAGAAUUCAGCGGCAGCGUCUCUGCCUGUCCCAAGUCCGCCAGCUACUCUGUGGAGAGCACAGAUGAGAAAACUCUGGCUGCUGACACAACCAAGCAGAGUAUUUCAUGCCCUGCCUUACCCCCCAGGGCUCCAAAACCAGUGGAAGAGAAAGCUGCCUCGGACCCUGCUCCUUUGCCUCUGAAAAUUGAUGGUGCUGAGGAAGACCCCGAGUCUGGGUCACCGGACCUCUCUGAGGACCAGUACUUUGUUAAAAAGGGCAUGCAGGACAUCUUCUCCGUCACCUACCCUUUCUCAUCUCCGCUCCACCUCCAGCUGGCCCCCAGGUCCUGUGGCGAUGGCUCCCCGUGGCAGCCGCCCGCUGACCUGUCGGGACUCUCUAUAGAAGAAGUGUCCAAGUCGUUACGGUUUAUUGGUUUGUCUGAAGAUGUCAUAUCAUUCUUCGUUACUGAAAAGAUCGAUGGGAAUUUGCUUGUUCAGCUGACGGAAGAAAUCCUCUCCGAGGAUUUCAAAUUGAGCAAACUGCAGGUGAAGAAAAUAAUGCAAUUCAUUAACGGCUGGAGGCCCAAAAUAUAGCCAAAUAACCCCAGCUAGCAUUGAACAAAAUGGACAAAUGUGUGUGCUAGAAGGGGUGGGCUGGGACACAAUUCCAUGUUUUUUGCACUAAAAACCUUCUCUGUAAAUAGGGAUAAGAGAAACUCUUACUAUGCAGAUUACGUUUUUGAAUGGUGAACAGGCUAUUUUGUACAUCAAUAAAAAUGCCGUACAGAACACUUAGAGGUGUGCCUUGUACAUCACUCAACAGCUGCUCAAAGACAAAAGGCAUGUUCAGAGAAUUAAUUCUCACCCAAGUAGGUUUAUGCGAGAAGGUAUGAUAUUUAUUACAAAAUAGCCAAAGCUGAAAACCGUAAGAAUCAAAAAAACAAAAAACAAAAAAACAAAAAAAGAACUUAAAAAAAAAAAAAACACUUUUUGAACAACAGUUCUCUCCUUUGGGGGAAUCGACUUUAGACAAUUAACUAUU